AGUCCUUAGCCGGUAGCUUCCGGGUUUCCUGGGCUACUACGAUGGCGAUGAGUUUCGAGUGGCCGUGGCAGUAUCGCUUCCCACCCUUCUUUACGUUACAACCGAAUGUGGACACUCGGCAGAAGCAGCUGGCCGCCUGGUGCUCGCUGGUCCUGUCCUUCUGCCGCCUGCACAAACAGUCCAGCAUGACGGUGAUGGAAGCUCAGGAGAGCCCGCUCUUCAACAACGUCAAGCUACAGCGAAAGCUUCCUGUGGAGUCGAUCCAGAUUGUAUUAGAGGAACUGAGGAAGAAAGGGAACCUCGAGUGGUUGGAUAAGAGCAAGUCUAGCUUCCUGAUCAUGUGGCGGAGGCCAGAAGAAUGGGGGAAACUCAUCUAUCAGUGGGUUUCCAGGAGUGGCCAGAACAACUCCGUCUUUACCCUGUAUGAACUGACUAAUGGGGAAGACACAGAGGAUGAGGAGUUCCAUGGGCUGGAUGAAGCCACUCUACUGCGGGCUCUGCAGGCCCUACAGCAGGAGCACAAGGCCGAGAUCAUCACCGUCAGUGAUGGCCGAGGCGUCAAGUUCUUCUAGCAGGGACCUAUCUCCCUUUACUUCUUACCUCCCACCUUUCCAGGGCUUUCAAAAGGAGACAGACCCAGUGUCCCCCAAAGACUGGAUCUGUGACUCCACCAGACUCAAAAGGACUCCAGUCCUGAAGGCUGGGACCUGGGGAUGGGUUUCUCACACCCCAUAUGUCUGUCCCUUGGAUAGGGUGAGGCUGAAGCACCAGGGAGAAAAUAUGUGCUUCUUCUUGCCCUACCUCCUUUCCCAUCCUAGACUGUCCUUGAGCCAGGGUCUGUAAACCUGACACUUUAUAUGUGUUCACACAUGUAAGUACAUACACACAUGCGCCUGCAGCACAUGCUUCUGUCUCCUCCUCCUUCCACCCCUUUAGCUGCUGUUGCCUCCCUUCUCAGGCUGGUGCUGGAUCCUUCCCAGGGGAUGGGGGAAGCCCUGGCUGCAGGCAGCCUUCCAGGCAAUAUGAAGAUAGGAGGCCCACGGGCCUGGCAGUGAGAGGUGUGGCCCCACACCGAUUUAUGAUAUUAAAAUCUCAACUCCCA